AUGUCCACAAAAUUUGAACAAACUGUGAUGUAUUCACAAUUGCAGCCAUGGAGUAUGGCUGGAGCACCGCCAUGCAUGGAACCCGUGUCCGGGCCGUCGGUACCCCCACGCGUUGGAACAUCUUAUCAGACCACUCAUCCACAUCCUUGGCGGCCGACGUUAAGUUACGAGAUGAUUGAGGUAAAAAAUCUGCCAGAGCAACCAGUAACUAAUCAGUUGGUGAAACCGUGCUUUGCUCCGUCCGGUAUGACUACGGAGCCUUUGACAUUUCCGAAUUUGGUGACAGGAUUUCUUCGUAAUCCUCAACAUGGCGCACGUGCCGCCCUUUACACGCGCUAUACAUCUGGAGAAUGGAAUAAUAACAAUUUAACCAAAUAUGCCGAAUCCAAUAUAAAUAGAAACCAAUCUGAACGUAUUCGUAACGACGCUGUUCGUUUAAUGCGUGAAACCGAUGAAAAAACAUCUCAAGGUCAGCGGGACGCUGGUCGUCGAUUAGGCGAGCGCAUAACCGAUGUUACCUUUUGGCGCAAUGAACUGAACACAGAAUUAGAAAAAUUAAUCUCCGAGUCAUCUGCAUUCACGGAAUUAAAACGUAAAUGCGGAAAAGCUAUGUUAGAUUUAGAGGCUCCGUUGCACAUAGCUCAGGAAUGCCUAUAUCAUCGUGAAGGUCGCGCCGGCGUGGAGAAAGUGCAUGAUUCCGUUGAAAAGGCUUUACUAUUGGAAAUAGAUAAUCUGCGUAAUUCAAGGCAAAGAUUGCAAGAUCUACAUGAAAAGAUUACCCGGCAAGCCAAUGAUUGUCGAGCCGCCCAACACUUAUUGGAGGAAGAUGUGACUCAUAAAGAGUCCACGCUAGGUAUUGAUUCUGUAUGCCAUCAAUUGAACAAUUAUAGCAGAGGUAUUGCCUACUACGGAGGUAUUGAAAAAUACGACCCUACAGUUAGCACACAAGAAUCUUGGGCUGAAGCAAGUAGCCAACGUGUUAGCAGAUCUCAGGCUGAAAGAGCAAAACUUUCUCAGCUGCGCAGCGAUGCUGAGACUACGGUAAAUGCCAUUGCAACCUCAGUUUGGGACCAUUGGAGUAACACUAAUAAUGCUUUGGAUCGAAGAGCUCAAGAAAUGGCCGAAUCCAAAAAUAAAAUUCAGCUGCACUUGCAUAAGGUUCAACAAGAAUUAUUUGAUUUAGAGAAACAUAUUUUCUUAUUGCAGAAAGCCAUACAAGAUAAAGCGAAUCCAUUAAAAGUGGCUCAAACUCGUUUAGAAUCUCGUUCUCAUCGCGAAGGUGGUGAAUUAUGCAAGGAUUACGCUCAAUUGCGUUUGAUUCAAGAAGUUCAGGAUAUUAAAGAUGUGGUCAAUUCAUUGCACACAAAGCUUCAAGAAGCAGAAGCUCAACACCAAAGUCUAUUAAAGACGCGUUCUACUUUGGAAGGCGAUUUACGUAACAAAGUUAAUGCUUUGUUUAUUGAUCGUGAAAAGUGCAUGGGCUUGAGACGUUCUUUUCCCGUCAAUAAUAUGAUCAAGUAUUAA